AUGGCUGCAAAUUUCCGAAAUUUCGUCGUUCAGGCUUUCCGGCAGCCAGUGCUCUGGAAGAUACUCCCGUUGGGUCUCUUGUGGAUGACUUACAAAAUCAACCGAUAUUUCAACCGUCGAGCUCUGAAUAAUAGUGCUCAAGCUAGUUUCAACUGGAAGAAGGAGAUUGUGCUAGUCACAGGAGGAUCAGAUGGAAUCGGUGCGGCAACAGUAAAAAGGCUGGCCGAGCGGGGAACUGCCGUUAUUGUGCUCGACAUCAGGCCUUUGACUUACGAUGCUCGUGGGGAUGUUGGGGAUCCAACUUGCGUGGUUGCUAAUGCAGGAAUUUGCCGCGGCAAACCCUUGCUUCACGCUACUCAGCGCGAUAUUGAGCUAACAUUUGCGGUCAACAACUUGGCAGUCAUCUGGACAGCGCAGAUAUUUCUUCCUUUAAUGGUGAAACAUAACCACGGCCACUUCCUGAUCAUGUCUUCACAGACAGCUCAUCUAGCCACCUCUGGGAUCGUUGACUAUGCCGCCACUAAAGCGGCCGCAUUGGCAAUUUACGAGGGUCUUCAAACCGAAUUGCGUCAUGUCUAUAAAGCACCUGCAGUGCGAAUGUCCUGUUUAGCGCCGUCGGGUGUGCAGACAAAGAUGUUUCGUGGUAUAAAAACACCUUCUUCUGUCACGCUUAUGCGUCCCGAUGAUGUUGGCGCAGUGGUUACUGAGAUCCUUUGGAGUGGACAAGCGCAGAAUCGGAUGACACCUGGGUUGGCUUAUAUCUCGCCACCAACACGAGCACUUCCUGAUUGGUUUCGGGUGCUGUUGCAAGAUGUUGGGAAGGAUGUCAUGACGGAAUUAUCGCCGCACCACCCGAUGGAGGGGAUUGAGUAA